ACUGUUUAGUAUUCCAUUGUUAACUUUCUCACUUCACUGAAUUGUACCCAUGCAUGUGUCCACUGCGUUCCCGACACGCACACGUUUCGCUCAAUCUAUCACGCGCACAACACUGCUAACGCUAGACCUAAUGAUUGAAUCAUUGAUCGCACCGAUCGAAGCGCAUGUGAGUGUGACCUUGAUUGCCCGACAUACACGCCGUUCGUGGUCUCACCAGAAUACACACGUUGUAGCUCGUCGUCCAGUGUUUUCACUCCCGACACGGUUGGUGCAGUUUUUGGCGACACAAUACAGUGGCAACGGAGGUGGAAUUCUAUUUUGUGAGCAAUGGCGAUUCCCUUGGAAUAUCUUCAAGAAGUGUUAUCCCGACAGCAAGCACAGUUUGAAGCGUCCCAACAGCGCUUAAUUGAAACAUUGACAGCACGGAUGUCGUUACAGCCAGCAUCUACGGAUUCGACGGUUUCCACUGCAGACAAGUUGGCGCAUAGCAUGGCAGAAUUUCGUUACCAACCAGACGAUGACCUCACUUUUGAAGCAUGGUUUCGUCGUUAUGAGGACUUGUUAAAAAUUGAUGGGCGUGGAUUAGGCGAUGCGGCACAGGUACGCCUUCUUUUGAGGAAAUUGGGUUCACAAGAGUAUGAGAAGUACGCGAACUACAUUCUACCAAAGAACCCACGUGAUUUGUCCCUGGACGACACGGUGAAAAACUUAACCAGAAUUUUUGGUCCUAAAACGUCACUUUUCAAUGCACGUUUCCGAUGUUUUCAAGUUGUUAAACAUCAGGAUGAUGAUUUUGUGACUUACGCAGCAGUUGUUAACAGGGAAUGUGAACGUUUUCAGCUUAGCACACUCACUAGUGAUCAGUUCAAAACGCUCAUUUUUGUCUGUGGAUUACGUUCUCCGAAAGAUGCGGAGAUCCGUACGCGCUUGUUAUCUCGUUUGGAAUGUAAUCCAGAUAUCUCACUGCAGGAUCUAGUACAGGAAUGUGAACGUCUACUGACGCUGAAACAUAACACAGAAAUGAUCCAACGGCACAACGAGCCUUGUGUGGUUGAUGUUCAUGCCAUUCCUACAGGUCCCAGACCAUCGUACUAUUCGGUGCGAUCCUCCAACUUCACACGUCGAAACCGUCCGCCUAGUGCUUGUUGGCAUUGUGGUCAAUGGCAUUUUGCUCGAUUUUGUGAAUUCAGACAACAUACAUGCAAGCGUUGUGGAAAGGUGGGACAUAAGGAAACCAGAUGUUUGCAGAAUGCCCUUGGAAGACAGUCACGCAACCUCGCCAGGACUCCGAAUUUUCAACGCUGUGUUUCAAAUGUGGUGUUUGCAACCACCAGCCCAAACUAUCAGUCAUUGCGGAAGUAUGUUACGAUUAUGAUAAACCAUGUUCCUGUUUGCCUUCAGUUGGACACAGCUUCUGAUAUUACGAUAAUUUCUGAGUCAACAUGGUGCAAACUUGGUAAACCACCAUGUGUUCAAACUUCGCACGUCGCUCACGACGCGUCCGGCUCGGAAUUGCCCUUUCUUGGACAGUUCAGUUGUGAGUUUUCACUUCGUAACUUGCAUGCUAAUGGUGUUUGUUACGUUACACGCUAUGGACAUUUGAACUUGUUAGGUAUUGAUUGGAUAGACAAACUUGAUUUAUGGAGCAUACCUUUGAACAGUAUUUGUGAUAAUUCAGAUCAUUUUUCACUUUGUCCCACGGAUUUUCAUUGUUCUGUUGCUCCUGUAACAUUUAAAAACAGCACGGAAGCUCAAUCACACUUUGCCUCUAAGUACCCUAAUGUUUUCGCAGAGGGUCUUGGAAUGUGCUGUAAGCUAAAAGCUGUGUUAUAUCCGCGCACCGGUAUACGUCCAGUAUUUUGUCCCAAAAGACCAGUGCCAUACGCUGCCGUUGCGGCAGUGGAUGCUGAACUUAGUCGACUGGAGUCUAUGGGCGUUAUCAGUCCUGUGACCUACUCAGCAUGGGCCGCUCCUAUUGUAGUCAUCAGAAAGGCUAAUGGCAGUUUGCGCAUUUGUGCAGAUUUUUCCACCGGAUUAAAUGACGCGUUGGAAACGCAUCACUAUCCUUUACCUGUUCCCGAGGAUUUGUUCACAAGGCUUAAUGGAGGGAAGAUCUUUUCAAAAAUUGAUCUUUCUGAUGCAUACUUACAAGUAGUGGUCGAAGAUCAUUCAAAAGAACUGCUCACUAUUAAUACUCAUCGAGGUUUGUAUCGCUACAAUCGAUUGCCUUUCGGAGUAAAAUGUGCUCCAGCAAUCUUUCAACAAGUGAUGGACGCAAUGUUAUCCGGUUUACAGUGCGCAAUGGCUUACUUGGAUGAUAUAAUAAUCGUAAGCUCUACUGCUGAAGAUCAUUACACGCACCUGAACGAAGUAUUUUCCAGGAUAGAUGGAUAUGGAUUUCGUGUACAUCCCGAGAAAUGCCAACUUAUGAUGUCCAGUAUCACAUACCUUGGUUCCAUUAUUGACAGUUCCGGUCGUCGACCUGACCCGAACAAAAUAAAAGCCAUCAAGUUAAUGCCACACCCUACGAACAAAGCUACUUUGCAGUCCUUCUUGGGUUUGGUUAACUAUUAUCACAACUUUGUCCCUCAAAUGCAUGAACUCCGGGCCCCACUAAAUGCACUUUUGGCAAAUGAGUCAGUGUGGAAUUGGUCACCACAAUGCCAGAAAGCCUUUGACGACAUUAAACAGAUAUUGUCCUCCGAUCUUCUUUUAACUCAUUACGACCCAGGAUUACCAAUAAUUGUUGCAGCUGAUGCAUCACAAAACGGCAUUGGUGGUGUCUUGUUGCAUCAAUUCCCAAAUGGACAUCAAAAGGCUGUGAUGCAUGUUUCCCGCGCGUUGACAGCAGCGGAAAAGAAUUACAGUCAAAUCGAGAAAGAAGGACUAGCCCUGGUUUCUGCGGUCAAGACAUUUCAUAAGAUGGUACAUGGGCGUAGAUUUAUUUUGUACACCGACCAUAAACCUUUGCUGUCUAUCUUCGGUACCAAACGAGGAAUCCCUGUUCACACGGCAAAUAGAUUGCAACGUUGGGCCACCACUCUUUUGGCGUACGAUUUCGAGUUACGUUUUAAAAGCACGUCUUCUCUCGGUCAUGCUGAUGCAUUAUCAAGACUGAUUGCAGAGUGCACCUCCAAAACCCCAGAUGAAGACAGUGUUGUAUCAAGCAUUACCGUAGAUCCUGAGAUCAGACAAGUAUUCCAAACAUGUGUACGUCAACUACCAGUAACAGCGGAGGCAGUCAGAGCAGAAACGGCAACAGACCCCUUGUUACGACGUAUUAUGAGAUACCUCAACACUGGUUGGCCAUCACGCCCCUUGGACUGCUAUGCUGAGCAGUUUCGUAAAAGGAGUUUCGCCUUAACCAUCAUUGAUGGAUGCCUGAUGCUGGCCGAUCGAGUUGUGAUUCCUACCAAGCUGCAGCGGCGCGUUCUCAGCCAGUUCCACGAAGGUCACCCAGGAAUCAGUCGUAUGAAAUCCAUAGCACGCAGCUAUGCCUAUUGGCCAUUUAUGGACCAAGAUAUUGAAAAUGUUGUUCGUUCCUGCAGCAGCUGUGCUAUGGCAGCAAAAUUACCUGUAAAAUGCGAACUUCAUUCUUGGCCGAUCCCAAAUGGACCGUGGUCACGCAUUCAUAUUGAUUUUGCCGGACUCAUAGAGGGAUUCCACUACUUGAUAAUUGUCGAUGCUUACUCAAAGUGGCCCGAAAUUUUUCAAACAAGAUACGCAACUACCUCUAUUGUCUUACUACACCUACGUCAUCUCAUUUCAGAAUUUGGAGUUCCCGAAAAAAUUGUUUCAGACAAUGCUUCGCAAUUCACUUCCCAAGAAUUUGCUGACUUUUGCCAUUCUCAUGGCAUCGAACACAUCCGCAGCCCAGCGUACCAUCCGCAAUCGAACGGGCAAGCUGAACGUUUCGUUGAUACGUUCAAGCGAGCGCUGAUUAAAAUGGAGGGAGAGGGGAACAUCCAAAAAGUCAUUGACAAAUUUUUGCAGAUUUACCGUACUACGCCAGGCCCAGCAGUACCACAAAACCUAUCUCCAUCCGAAGCGUUUCUCGGUAGGCGCGUCAGAACCGUGCUUGAUGCUUUGAAGCCAGUGCAAAACAACGGACAACGCAAUGCUCAAAUGGAGUUGGCAUUUAAUCGCCAUCAUGGAGCACGCCCCCGGCACUUCAUGCCUGGUGACAAUGUAUACGUUAAGAAUUUUCGAGACGGAAAGUCAUCCUGGAUUCCUGGCCGUAUCGUUGAACGAGUCUCAGGUGUUUUGUACAAAAUACAAGUAGAUUCUGUCAUAUGGACUAGACACGUGAAUCAUAUUAGACCCCGUGUUGAAGUGCAAGGGACUUCCCAGAGACGGGAAACUUCUUUACCACUGGACAUUUUGCUGGACACGUAUCAAUUGGGCCCAUCAGAAGAACCUGUAGCGCAAACGGAGAAUGCACCAACAAACCGAAGGUAUUCAACGCGCACCAGAGCCCCAGUGCAAAGACUAGUGGUUAACCCAAGGUGUAGAGCAUAUGAAUCAAAUGUAGCAUGCUAUCCAAUUUUCUCUAAAGGAGGGAGGUGUUAGGACAGCAGUGUGCAGCCGUUCAUUAUGUGAACCAUGUUUGUUGUAGCCAUUUUACUGUUUAGUAUCCCAUUGUUAACUUUCUCACUUCACUGAAUUGUACCCAUGCAUGUGUCCACUGCGUUCCCGACACGCACACGUUUCGCUCAAUCUAUCACGCGCACAACACUGCUAACGCUAGACCUAAUGAUUGAAUCAUUGAUCGCACCGAUCGAAGCGCAUGUGAGUGUGACCUUGAUUGCCCGACAUACACGCCGUUCGUGGUCUCACCAGAAUACACACGUUGUAGCUCGUCGUCCAGUGUUUUCACUCCCGACACGGUUGGUGCAGUUUUUGGCGACACAAUA